AUGAAAUUAUCGCAAAUAGCUCUGAUUUGCAUAGUUAUAGCUUCCCUCUUCGCUAUGCAUGAGUGUGAGAGAUUGGAGGCUACAGAGGAAGAGAAAUCGAGCAAGAUCUAUGUCCCACCAUGUUACGAAACCAUUUGCUCGUUCUCACUUAAAAAGGAUUGUUGGUGCUGCUUCGAACCUUUAGUUCACAAAAAUCUUUGUUGGGGAGUACAUGAUUUUCCGAACGCCAAAGAGCUUUGCUUCAACGAAUAUUCAAAGAAGAUUUAA